AUGUGUGAGAGGCGACGCAGUAGUCAGUCACACGUGACUGUCACAUGCUUAUCCAGACAGGGAACGAGUAGAAUGAAAGCGUAUAAUGCAGAAGAAGACAGAUCAGAGUCAGAACAGAAGUUAGCCGGUGAUCUACCCGAGACAAGAGAGCCCGGAAAGCAUGAAAGUACAGAGAGUGAUGUCAGUUGGUCCUACGAGUCACAGGAGCCGGAUCAAACCACCGAACUGACACGCCUCUCGAGAUUAUCACAAAUGAAUUUGAAUGUCGGUUUUCCCAGUAGCUACGCCACGCAACUGAUUCAACUGACGGCCGAGGCGGCACAACGUCAAGAAAAGGAAGAGAUUGAACAGAGUUGGCAAACGCUGAAAAAGCACAGCAAACUGCGAAGAAAAUCCGCAGCACUUUUAUCCACCGCGGCUAGAGCAGAACCACUGCUCCCGUUAUCAAAUGUUGCGAGAAACGCGCUGCAUGAAUUACAACUGAUCUGGAUUAUGUUUCAAUACACUGUGAUUGUUGUGUUGUUUAGUAAGUUGACUUGGAAUGCAAAACUGCGUGGUCCCGUGGACCAAGUGCCAAAAUAUUCCGCCUAUCGAAUGCCCUCUAUUCCGGGGCAAGAUCAAAUGAAUACACGUCUGUUGAUGUUUGUCAUUCUGACAGCGUUCCUCUAUCUACCGGCUUGUCUGUUGCACUUUGUCUACGUGUUGGACGAUAUUCCAGAUGAGUGA